GCCAGCACAGGGACAACGCCUGCCGCAGACUGACGGCCAUAUUGCAAAGAGAAUCUCUCGCUUCUUCUUUCCUAGUGGUGAACCGCACGGAGUUCAACAUCACCAUCACUCACACAGGGGGGAAAAGACACAGGCGAGCAGAACGACAAGAGAAGAAACAUUCAUUUAUUUAUUCUUUGAUAAAAGACUUUCUUAACUUGGAAAAUACUUCCACUGGGUCUUUAAAAAAAAAAAAAAUUGCUGACCAGAUUAAAGGCUGCAGAGGAGUUUGUGCGGGUGGAAGGACAAACCGUGGAGACCAUUGGAAAAUGCCGAAACCGAUCAAUGUGCGGGUCACUACGAUGGAUGCAGAGCUGGAGUUUGCUAUCCAGCCCAAUACAACUGGCAAGCAGCUAUUUGACCAGGUGGUAAAGACAGUUGGACUUCGUGAAGUCUGGUUCUUUGGGCUACAGUAUGUGGAUAGCAAAGGUUACACAACAUGGUUGAAACUGAACAAAAAGGUAACGCAACAAGAUGUCAGGAAAGAGAACCCUCUGCAGUUCAAGUUCCGGGCAAAAUUCUUCCCUGAGGAUGUGUCAGAGGAGCUGAUCCAGGAGAUCACACAGAGGCUGUUCUUCCUGCAGGUGAAGGAGGCCAUCCUGAACGAUGAAAACUACUGCCCUCCUGAGACCGCCGUCCUGCUGGCUUCUUACGCCGUGCAGGCCAAGUACGGUGAUUUCAACAAAGAGAUCCACAAGCCAGGCUAUUUAAGCAACGACAGGCUCCUUCCUCAGCGGGUUUUGGAACAACAUAAACUAACCAAAGAACAGUGGGAAGAAAGAAUACAGACCUGGCAUGAGGAACAUAGAGGAAUUCUAAGAGAAGAUUCGAUGAUGGAGUAUCUGAAGAUUGCACAGGAUCUGGAGAUGUAUGGCGUGAACUACUUUGAAAUUAAGAACAAAAAGGGAACAGAGCUGUGGCUGGGUGUUGAUGCGCUGGGGCUUAACAUUUACGAACAUGAAGACAAGUUGACACCGAAGAUUGGCUUCCCUUGGAGUGAAAUUAGAAACAUUUCAUUUAAUGACAAGAAGUUUGUUAUCAAGCCCAUUGACAAAAAAGCUCCAGACUUUGUGUUCUACGCCCCUCGGCUGAGAAUAAACAAGCGCAUCCUGGCGUUGUGCAUGGGCAACCAUGAGCUGUACAUGAGGAGGAGGAAGCCAGACACAAUCGAAGUGCAACAGAUGAAGGCUCAGGCCAGGGAGGAGAAGCACCACAAACAGAUUGAGAGAGCACAGCUAGAAAACGAGAAGAAGAAAAGACAGUUGGCAGAGCAAGAAAAGGAAAGAAUAGAGCGGGAGAAGGAUGAGCUGAUUGAGCGACUCAGACAAAUUGAAGAACAGACAAUCAAGGCACAAAAAGAGCUGGAGGAGCAGACCAGACGGGCUCUGGAACUGGACCAGGAGAAGAAGCGAGCGAAGGAGGAGGCAGAGCGGCUGGAGAGGGAACGGCAGAGUGCCGAGGAGGCCCGGUUAGCACUAGCAAAGCAGGCCGCGGACCAGAUGAAGAACCAGGAGCAACUGGCUGCUGAACUCGGUGAAUUUACUGCCAAAAUCGCCCUGCUCGAGGAAGCCAAGAGGAAAAAGGAGGAGGAGGCAUCUGAGUGGCAGCACAAAGCGCUCUCGGCACAGGACGACCUGGAGAGGACCAAGGAGGAGCUGAAGAUUGUGAUGAGCAUGCCGCCGCCACCCCCUCCUCCUCCUCCUCCCCCCCCCAUGGUGGCCCCUCUGGAGAACGAGCACGACGAGCAGGAUGAGAACAGCGCAGAGGCCAGCGCAGAACUCUCCAACGAGGGCGUCAACAACCACCGCAGCGAGGAGGCGCGCCUCACUGAGACCCAGAAGAACGAGCGAGUUAAGAAGCAGCUGCAGGCUUUGAGCUCUGAGCUGGCCCAGGCUCGGGAUGACACCAAGAAAACUCAGAACGAUGUCCUCCAUGCAGAGAAUGUGAAGGCAGGCCGUGACAAGUACAAGACCCUGCGACAGAUCCGGCAAGGAAACACAAAGCAACGCAUUGACGAGUUUGAGUCCAUGUGAGGGAGGAGGGAUAGAGAGAGAAGGCUGUUAUGGAUGCUGCUCAUUUCACAUUGUGGUUUCUGUUUAGAGCUGAACCUUCCAGCAGAGAGGCGAGCAGGGCUUAAACCCAUACAGAUUCCACCUCGCCAUGCCAAAGCACUGACCAUGCACCUGUUCUCAUCAAGAGGAUACGUAACUGAUGUGCUUGCAUGUAUACAGCAUAUUAACAAACAGAAGGACAGGGGUAAGGAAGUUAAGCAAAUCCACAACACAUUUGAAAGUUCUUUCUCUGAAGUACAGAUUCAGCUGGUAUUUUUUAAUAUAGGUUGGGCUCUUUGAAUUUUCAGAAUGUUCUGCCUGUAGAAUUAGUUAGCAUUGCCAUUUGCUUAAAAGUAAUAUGUGUAUCUAACCAUUGCACUUUUAGAAGUCCCUACAAUGGUGUGGGAAAGUUAAAUCUGUCAGCAGCUAAUCCAGUGGAGUGAGCAGAACCCCUGGGUUUCAGUGUUUCAUGUCCAGUCAUCAUAGAUGGUUUUCUUUGCCUGCUUGCUCACAAAGGCUUGGAAUACAGAUAGCCGUCCUGCUGUUGAUAUGGCAAUGGAUGGAACGCUGGCUGUGUAUAAAAGAUGGCUGCCUGACGUGGAGUCUUCAGUAGACGCAUGUAAUAUGUGGUUGCCUGUGCAUCUGUAACUGGUGUGCUGCAUGAGCUGCUUUUAACUCACCAUCCACUACUGAAGUUCUUGCCCUUUCUGGCAAGGGAGCAUGCGAAAACAUUGGUCCCGAGGAGGGGACAGCUGACUACCUCAAUAUUAUAUGCAUGAUGACUGGACAGCCAAUCACCCCCCCCCCCCCCCCCCCCCCCCCCCCCCCCCCCCCCACCC